AUGAGAUGUUGCUAGCAGCAGGGAGAUCCCAUUACAGAGGACGCAUGUAGUAAUAUGGUUGAAACAAAAGCGUAAGAAGCGAUAGGCCUGCCGUCCAAAACAAAUUCGACACUUUUCCUAAAACCCAGUCUGGUUAUUCGCAGUAACUUUUAGUGGAUUUAUAUAGGCUACUCGCGUGGGAAAUGGAGAAGAAAAGGUGGGAUUGCACUGCUCUCCCCAAGGGCUGGAAAAUGGAAGAAGUGACCAGAAAGUCGGGUUUGUCCGCUGGAAAAAGCGAUGUCUAUUAUUUUAGUCCGUCUGGGAAGAAGUUUCGGAGCAAGCCGCAGCUGGCCCGUUACCUUGGUAACCAGAUGGACCUCAGCUCCUUUGAUUUCCGCACGGGGAAAAUGCUGAUGAGCAAACUGAACAAGAACCGUCAGAGACUGCGAUAUGAUAACAACAACCAGAACAAGGGCAAACCUGACUUGAACACAUCACUCCCUGUCAGACAAACGGCGUCCAUCUUUAAGCAGCCUGUUACCAAGGUUACCAACCAUCCCAACAACAAAGUGAAGACGGAUCCUCAGAAAGCCGUCGACCAGCCCAGACAGUUGUUCUGGGAGAAGAAACUCAGUGGUCUUAAUGCUUAUGACAUUGCAGAGGAGCUGGUGAAAACAAUGGAACUACCUAAAGGUCUGCAAGGCGUUGGUCCAGGGUGCACAGACAAGACUCUCUUGUCAGCUAUUGCGAGCGCCCUCCACACCAGUGCUGCUCCCAUCACCGGCCAACUGUCUGCAGCUGUGGAGAAGAAUCCGGGUGUGUGGCUCAACACGGCACAGCCGCUGUGCAAGGCUUUUAUAGUCACUGAUGAGGACAUUAGGAAACAGGAGGAGCUGGUGUACAGUGUGAGGAAAAGGCUAGAGGAGGCACUGAUGGCUGAUAUGUUGGCCCAUGUGGAGGAGGCUGCCAAUGAAGGGGAGGCUCUGAAGGAGGAGGGCAACGGCAGUGAAGACAUGGAGAGCGUAUAGCACAGGGUUUUGUAAAGUCUGGGUUUGUUCAACAUCUGCGCACACACGACCAUGAACAGUAGGAACCCUACACCAGUCCAGCCCUGAAGAACUGUCCCCCAGUAUCUGCGUCCAGUUUAAACCUAAACCCGACUUACACCAGUACAAACUAAAGAACUGUGUCUCUAAUGCGUCCAUUGGUCAAUAACUCCACUGGAUGGGACUCGUUGACUUCAACCCCCACGAAAUGACUCAACAUUGAUUUAUGACUAGAAAUUAUAAAUAAAUAAAUAAAAAUUCCCAUAACAAGAAAUGACAUCAAAUGAACUGGCAAAUAUUAAAAAUAACUUAUCUACAGUGUGUCAAAUUCAGUGGUUGAUGACGAACAUAUUUUUUACUAAAAGGCUUUGAAUGGGUUUGUAUUUUUUGCGACAAUCAUGUCAAAUCCAAACAUUUUAUGUCAGCAAAAAGUUGUUUUUUUUUGGCAGAUUGGAAAUGAAUGUUUUGUAUUUUUUUGGCAUGUCUCUUCCCUGAUUUUUACAGUACACUCCAUGAAUAUUUCGACAAACACACACACCUUUCUUUUCUAGUGGAACCAGUUGAGGCUUUACUACAGUCAGACUCAUUCGAAUCAGCUUCAGGGCCAACCUGCAGGCUGCUGAUGUUACUAAUGCAGAUGGUGUAGUUCGAAGCUUAUGUGCAUCUAUUGUUGGGGACUGAGUCAACUUUUUAUUGCAAUUUUAAGGAAAUAUUAUCUUUCACGUCAGCUGUGUUACCCUGUGAGUCGUUCAGUAUUGACCAAAGAGGAGACUUGUCAUUUUGAAAGGUGUUAAGGUUGUUGACUUCUAUCUGUAUUUGAAAACUAAAAAAGUAUAUGUGAUGGGGCUGAGCACAAUGGAAAAGAAAUGACUUGAAACCUCUUUCUGUUGUACAAAUAUUACUGUUUUUAACUCUCAUCAUCAUUAUAUAGGUGCUUACUGAUGUUGUGAAACAUUGCUGUCUAGUGCCAAGGCUUUGUUUCUUGUCACAACUUCAGACCACAGGUUUUUUUUUUUUUGUUUUUUUUUGUUGUUUUUUAAAAAUGUGUCAAUGUUACCACACACAUGCUGCCUCCUCAUAAGCCCACGCACAAAAUUUGGUGACACAGCAAGCGACAGUUAAGAUUUAGUUUUAUUGUCUUUUCAUUUGUUGUCCGAAGAAUAAUAAAUUUCUUUCUAUUUUUUAGCCCUGUAUGUCAAGGUUACGAUGUCAAAUAAUGUCACUCACAUCAUUAAAAUUCCCUUCUCGAUAUCAGCAGGCUGAUUGCUGAAAUGAAUUUGAUUGUAUUACUUAUUAAAAUGAGUCAGUAUGU